ACUCGACGACGAACACGUGCACCAUAUUGUGAUAAACAGGAUUUCACGUGUCCACCUCGUGAUUGGUUCAAAGUUUGCAGAUCGGCCUCGCUUUAUCAGUGCGCAGCUGUGCGAUUGAACGCAUAAUAAAGCGAGUUGUCAGUGUAUCCGUCUCUAUCCUGUCGACCAAGAUGAGAGAUUGUGUAGUGUUUCCGAAUACCAACGAGAGGUGGUGUCAAGCUAAGGCCAGCGACAAGAUCAUCCCUCAAUGGAGUCUCCGCCAGUCUUGUUUAGUGGUGGUAAAAGAUUGUCUUUUGAGUUGGAGUCGAGAAAGAGGAAGUCCACCCGUCAAACCGGAAAACGCAUACGAUAAUCCCUUCUUGGACUAUCCUAUACAUUUAAGACAGGAUCUUUUAGACUCUUUAUUACGCCUGAAGCCAGAUAGCAGAGAAUUACUUAAAGCGGCCGAACUGUUGGUGACUUCGGGAAUUCAAGAUUUCAACAUGAUGUGUCUGAAUGAUUGUAAGUUUACCGACGUUGCUCAAGUCGUACGUAAGCUCACCGCUCACGGUAAGUCUCUCAGAGAUCUGACUUUAGCGGGACAAUGGCUGUAUUGGGAAUUAAGUAAACAUUUAGUUCAUAAUCUUCUGGAAUCUGUUUCUAAUCUUCAUCGCCUGUGGAUACAACAUACCACUAAAGAAGGAAAAGAACUGGAAAUAAUUGCCCGUUGCUGCCCUAAAUUGAAAAGUUUGCGAAUUUUGCAUCCCUCCACUGACGAUGAUGAUCUUGAUGACCUGGUGAAAUUAAUCACUAGUGAUCCGUGCACUCAACGCAUGCGUUACAAUCUGAAAGAAUUUUGGCUUCCGUCAUCAGUCAAUGCAGGCGGAGUGAUGUCCAUAUUGCGUGCCUUCCCCAACGUGGACAGCUUAUCGUGUACAUUCUUGGAAGACCUUCUAGACAUUAUAGAAGAGAACGACGAUGAGAAAUUUUGGUGGAAGAAUCGAAUGGAAGGUCUAAAACAACUGCGUGUCGUACAUCCCAUGGGAUACGACGGAGUCAGUAGACUAGUUAAGUGGUGCCCCAACUUACAAGCAGUGUCAAUUGAAGUACAAGAGGAUAUGGAUUUGAAACCGUUAUGCAAUUUAACUCAUCUACGCAGUUUAGAACUAUGUAAUAGCCCUAAUCUAUCAGCGUCAUAUCCGGAUGAUAUACAACCCAUCAUUUCUACUUGCGGACCUCGUCUCUUAGAUCUCAGCCUCAGUCGAUUCGACGUGUUGGACUUAGGCAAAAUUGCUUUUCACUGCCCAAAUUUAGAAAGUUUAAGUGUGCAAUGGUUUACGCUGUUAGGAUGCAAAUUGCCAAAAAAAUGCAACAAACCAUUCUCCCAGCUUCAGUUUCUACGUUUGAGACCACGUGUUAGCAGGAAGGUUGCACCGGAAGCCUGCGAACUGUUAUUAACUCAUUCACUAAAGCUCCAUCACCUAGAAAUCUAUUGUUGUUACGGUCUUAACGAUGUCCUGGCGUCAAAAAUAACCAAAAGUAACCCAUUAUCUGAAUUGGAGAUAUUGUUAUUACGCCACGGACACGGUCUGACAUCUGCAGGAAUACGCCAAUUGUCGUUAGCCUCGCACAAAUUGAGGGUAUGGGAUGUUGGAAACGUUCCUAUACGACCCAAUGAAGCAGAAUGAACAUUUCCGUCUAGUCCGUUAUACAUAAAGAAAAUUGCUCUAGUGGUUAUCCUCGGUACAUUAUUACCCAAAAGUGUUCACAUGGAAUCAAUUGUCAACUGAUUCUUCCCAAAUAUGCAGUUGAAAAACCAUCGAGGAACUUAUAAACCUGGGCAUUCCGAUUAUCCGGCAGUUUUAAUAUUAAAAACAAACCCAGAAAGAUAAAUAUAGAAAGUGAAAAUACAGAAGUCAUUCCUGUGAUAUAGAUUUGUACUGUACAUAAGCCUUGAAAUGUGUAAAUACGUUAACAAGCAGGAUAUUUCUGCUUCGUUGUCAUUCCUGUCUUAAAUGUUAAGAAAAAAACAACAAUAAUAAUAGCCGACAGGCCUAUUUUAAAUAGCAAA